UUGGAAUGUUCGACUCGAUGAUGGCAAACGAUUUGAUCCUCCAUGACUCAGGCUCGGUUUUCUAUUUCAACUGCUUCAAUGUCGAGGACACCAACGAUCCUGACGCAGGGCUACUUAAUGGCCAACUGGCCAUCUCCGGUCGCCUGCUGCGCGAAGCCGUAUUUGACCCCGUAGUCAACGAAGUUAUUGAGCUCAUAUCAAACCAACUCUCUACUUCUCCGCGAAUCGACGCUCUACUGCUCGUCGGUGGCUUCGCUGGCAGCGCCUAUCUCAAGACACGGAUUGAAGUCACGUGAUAGCUGUUCAACCUUGAAAAUCCUGCUCAAUGCUCACA